ACUAUCCUUCUCUCUUUGUUAUUUCCACAAUUAUAUUAACUCGAUUCAUCUUUGCUUCCAAGGUCAACUCUUCUCUGUUUUGUGAUUUUUUUAGUGAUUUUUCGUGAAUUUUGUUUUAGAUUUUGUGUGUGGUUUUUUUAGUGUUUCAAAGAAAUCAUGUUAUUUUUUUCUUUUAUUUUUUUUUACUAUUUUACACUAACUAUUUUCUGGUUCUCGUUUUCUAUAGUGAUCUUGUUUUUGAUUGGUGUCUAAUUUGAAAAAAAAUGCGAUUCUCUUUUUCCAUUUUGUGUGUGGUUUCGUGUUAGGGUUUUGAAAGAAAUCGAUUUCUGUUUUCUUUUAUUGAGAUUCUAGUUUGUGUGCGACUUCUUUCUUGUUCUAGAUGCUCUGUUUCUCUUUUUUUUCCUCGUAAAACGUUACUUUUUCUUUCGUUUUUUUGGUUUGUGAUCAGUUCGACUCUUUUGUUUAUGAUUAUUUUUUCAUUGGUGUGUAAUGUGAAAGUGUGAUACACACACAUUAAGGGUUUAAUCGAUACUGUUCUUUUGGGUUUCAAAGACUUUGUAAUACUACUUUACUUGGUAAGUUCUGUUCUUUGGCGUUUUACUUGCUCUGUUCUUUUCUUAUUUUAUCUUUCCUUUGCAGAUUUUUUGCUUUUAUGGUUUUUUAUGGUGGGUUUUGUUUCUUGAUUUUUUGUUGUUGUAUGUUAUUAUCUGUUUGGAAUCUGGGAAAGAAAAGAAAAGCAAAGAAAUGAAAACAGGUGAACGGGAAAGAAAUGACAAAAAUUGAAAUUUGUGUCUGUAACGUGAUUAGUUGAACAAUAAAAGGAAUCUCGGGAUUCAAGAAAGCACUUGUGAUAAUUCGUAGGAGUUUCUUGAUAUGAUUUGUGAAUGUAUGUGAAGUUAUUUUUCACUUUUUUGACUGAUUUUGUUUCCUUGAUAGUACUUCAAGAUGAUAAGUUCAUUUUCUCCUUAUUUUAAUUUUCUUAGUUGUGAUGAAAGGCAAUAAAUUGGAGUUAUGUCGGCUGCCUCUCCGUCACCUUUCUAUUCUAUAUUAAGAAACAAGAAUCAAGAAUCCCUGAUCAACUGUGAUGAUCUUAUUUUCUUUCAGUUGUUUUUCAUUUUUUAAACGGGUCACGGAAAAGGUGUUUAAAGCGUUCAUUAGCAAAUGAUGGUAACAGAAAAGAAUAUUGGAUAAUUAAAUUUGCAAUGAUUUGCUAAACUCUUAUUUGGGAUUUUAAAUUCAAGGCAUGCUAAUAGAAUUUCUUCUGAAGUGCAUCACUGCUUCCAUUUUCAGUUAUUGGAUGAGAAGUUUGAAGAUUUUUUAAAAUUUUGCUGUCUUUUGAUAUGCUCAACUCAGAAGGAAGUUUUGGAAUUCGUAAGCAAGUUAUUGAUGAUGUUUAACUCAAGGUCUGGCUGUGAUGAGAAAAAACACGAAAACCUAUGAAAUUAGACCCUCUUUGUAUUGAAGAAUGAAAAGUUAUAUUUUUGGUAUCGUUAUUUGUUUCUUCCUUUUUCGUAGAACUGAUUGGCUGCUUCAUUUGAUCAUAGAUAAUGGCUGAUUUGGAGGAAUACCAAAUGGAAGAAAUUGAUGAUGACCCCAUCCUUCUAGAUGAAGUAGAUCCAUUUGAGGGAAGCUUGCGAUGGAACAUCAGUAUCUCAUCUCUUAUGUUAGAAGAUGAGGGCACACAUGACAUGAUUCCAACUUAUUCAUACAAGUCCAGUUCUUACAAGAGUUCAGAAAGCUGUGCUAAAUUUCCUGGUCACAUAAAGCAGGAGGACAUAAAAAUUGAAGAUGUUGUUAGGCAGUAUGCUCUUUGUUUCCUUCCAGCCAAGUCAAUAUGCAGGUUCAAGACUGUUUCUAAAGAGUGGCUUAAGUGGAUAGACAGUCCUUUUUUUUCCCACAAGCAGACCAACCACUUCAAGCAUGUUUCUGGUCUUUUCUGUCAGUUUCCUGGCGAGAGUCCCUCCUUCAUAUCAUUCAAUCCAGUUGCUUACGGCGUUUCUAGCCCCACUCUCCGUUUCUUGCCUGAACCUAUUGACGUCCGAACCUCUUGCAAUGGAUUACUGGGCUGCCAAAGCCGCCUUGGAGAUAAUGCUUACUACAUUUGCAACCCCGUGACUAAGGAAUGGAGGGUGGUUCCAAAGCCAACUUUAUAUCAUGGACCUGAAACAGCCAUAGCACUUGCCUUUGAACCUGAUGCACUCAAAUUUGGAGCGCAAUAUGAGCUUGUCUGUGCAGUCACUCUACCAGAUAGGGCAGCUCUUCUGUUUGAAAUAUACUCUUCAAGGACAAACUCUUGGAGAGUAUGCACAGCUAUGUGCUGGGAGCUGGAUGCUCUGCCUCUUAAUGGCGAUGGUUUCUACAUCAGAGGAUUUGUCUUUUGGGAAACCCAAUCAGGUGCAGUUCUGGGUUUCGAUUUGAAGGAGGAAGUGUAUGGAAUUCUCAGUCUCCCACCUAGCAGCAACCCAACUGGUGCUUUGACAGAGUUGCGGGGGGAGUUGUGCUACCUUCUGCCUCACAAAGAAGAUGACGCAUGGUCAAUUGAGGUCUACGGAAAUAUGGACAUGAGCCUGAGGCGUGUAAUUCCUCUUCAUUCUGAGGUUUUGGGUCAUCUUGUAGAUGGACAGUGCCGGGCUUUGGCAUUUGUGAAUGAUGACACAAUGAUCAUUGCUCUUGGGAUGCAACUGAUUGCUUAUCAUGUAAGAGCACAUAAGAUGGAACGGAUAAGUGAUGCCAGGACCGAUGGUUUUGUGAAGUAUUUGCCAUACGUGAACAGCCUUGCACCCGUGGGCCCUUUCAUGCGCGACACAGCUUUGUAUCCGUGAGAUUUCCACAAAGAGUCUCUGAACCUGGAUUGCUGAUUCCAGGAUGGAUGUCUCAGGACUAUCGACUAUUAAUAUUCUUUCUGUUUUUGUGAAGUAUCAGACAUGACUUCUGCUCAAACCAAGAAUACGGUGGAAACUAAACAUAGAAUUUCCUUUUGAAUUCCAAUUCUGCCGUUGGAUAUUUUGACCUGUGCUGGAGCUUUUAAAGCAUGAUUGAAUGAUGCAAAUGAUUUUUUUUUUUGAUCUGCUGUCACUGUUGUGAAGGGUUAAACUUGUGAAUUCAAGCUAGUUAUGAUGGAAUUUCAUAAAUGCUAUCACCUUCCAUUUUUCA